AUGAUUUUGGACGCAAAGCAAAGCCGACCGCGGCAGCAGCCAGGACUCGGACGCGGAAACCUUCGUGAGCCAAACAGCAGCAGCGGAACGCCUUCGAAGGAGGGUGGUGCAGGAGCGGGACGAGGUCGAGUGCUCGAAAAGGACAAGGCCAGCUUCCUGCAGGAACUGCUUCUGUUCCACGGCCGGGAUGCGAUGAGAGGUAGGAAUGUGGAUUCGCACCGGUGGACGACGAAAAGCUACAUAAUCGGAGGUGGUCAGCGCAGAUGUUGCACUCGGUGCCGGCGGUUCAGCCGCAACUUCCCGCCCACAAACACUCACGUCGCGACGGCGCAGCUUCAGCCGAAUGAAUCUGGACAGUGAGCCAAAAAAAUCUGUGUCAUUCUCGAAGUAGGAUUACGUGCUCAAAAUCGAACUCCGUUCCGUGGGCCUCAUCAACUCCAUGUUCCGGAUGCGCUUCCAGCAUCGGGAACUCCCCGUUCAGGCACUUUACUUUCCAGUCGGGAAACGUCGACCAUCCUUCCCGAAUCAAUGGCCAACUCCUCCAAGACUGUCCUGAUUGAGGCCGGAAACGUGACCAUCGUGUUACACUGCUGUCGCGCGUCGAAGCCUACAUCCGGAACCGUCCAGCCUGGGGUAUUCGGAAGUGACCGGUGGCGUACCGUAUGAAGCAGAAGCUAGUGGAGAAGCGUUAAAUACAAAAAAAGUGUUUUUCUAACAUACUGUUAAUUUUUUUUUAAAUAAAUAUAAAAAACCAAGCACAUUUUUCUGAAAUUAUCCCUGUUGUGCUAAAUGUCGUGUAUUCUUUCCAUAAAAGGUUUCUUUUCCAAUUAAAAGUAAAAUAUC